CACUAUCUUCGACUUCUAGUUCCGAAAGUGUGUUAGGGAACGUGGUUAUGCGAGAUGGAAAGUCCCCACUCUGUGAACAGUCCAAGAAGAAUCCUGAGUCUGUCGAAACAGCGGAGAGCAAGUGUGUCCUUUUUCGAUCCCGAUGACAGAACCUCUGGCUUCGGAUUCUCCGGUGAUCAAGGCCCUAAGCCUUCUGAAGUUUAUGGUUUUGUUGGUUCUAUUACCACCGUUGUUGCCACAGUUAUUUUCUUGGUAUGGGCAUAUGUUCCAGAAUCAUGGCUGCAAUCUGUUGGCAUCUCUUACUAUCCUAGCAGAUAUUGGGCUCUGGCAGUACCAACUUAUGUCAUGGUGACCAUUGUAUUGAUGCUGGGAUUCUACAUUGGCCUUAACUUCAUUUCAACACCUUCCCCUGCAUCUUUAAACACAGUUUUUGAUGAAUUCAGUAGGGAUCCUUUGAGUCUCGAGAGUUCUCUAGAAGGGGAGGAGAAACCCAUCGAGCCCAUAUCAGAUAUUGGUAUAGACAGAAUCAAUGAUCUUAUGUUCAACAAUGCAUCCUAAAGAUCAUGCCUGUCUCCAAUGUUAUGAUGGGAAAUGCUACCAAACAGGUGCUGCUAACACGGGUUAUAGCUAUUAGACGUGAAAUUGGUUGAGUUCAUCUUGUGAAAGAAUGAUUGGAUUCCAUUUUUCUGUAGACUAAAAAGAUUCCUAAUUAUUCACUAGUUCGUUUUUUGGUGAGGUUUUAUCCUCCACCAUGUUUAACUCACUCCCAAAGGUUCUAAUACCUUUAAUGUUAUAUAGAGUUAAGAAAUAAAUCUAUAGAGAAUUUCUGUAGCUAGUGGUUAGAUUGGUAAUGUCUUGUUUGGUUUAGACUUUAGAGAGAGUAAAACAGGAAGUAAUUAUUUGGUCUUUAAAGAGAAGGAAAAACAUAUUAUUAAAAUGCAC